GCAGACGAGAUUCCGCCCCCGCUGGCAGCAGCUUCGGGAUUUGAGCGCCUCCUCCCCUACAGCACCAGGGACAGCGCCUUUCCUGGGAAAGCAGCCUUCUUCCUCGCCAAAGUGCUACCGCCGCAGCUUCAGUCUCCCGUGUGGAGGAACAGCAUUGGGCCACGUUGGUAAAACAUGGCAACCGAGGUUCACCAUCUCCAAGAACUGCGGCGGAGUGCUUCAUUGGCUACCAAGGUUUUUAUACAGCGAGACUAUAGUGAUGGGACCAUCUGUCAGUUCCAGACCAAAUUCCCUCCUGAAUUGGACAGUCGGAUUGAGCGGCAACUUUUUGAGGAAACAGUGAAGACACUGAACAACUUCUAUGCAGAGGCUGAGAAAAUUGGGGGCAGCUCCUAUCUGGAGGGAUGUCUGGCAUGUGCCACAGCCUAUUUCAUCUUCCUUUGCAUGGAGACCCACUAUGAGAAGGUUCUGAAGAAGAUCUCCAAGUACAUCCAGGAGCAGAAUGAGAAAAUCUAUGCUCCACGGGGGCUUCUGCUGACAGACCCAGUGGAGCGGGGCAUGAGAGUUAUUGAGAUUUCUAUCUAUGAGGAUCGUUGCAGCAGUUCCAGCUCAGGCAGCACCAGCAGCACCAGCAGCAGUGCUGGGGGAGGUGGGGGACCAGGGGGCCGGUGACUGGCACACAGUCCCGGUAGGGACUUGUACUGCCGGGACGAUGGAGUCUCUGAGAUUCGCAGGCUGCGCUAUCAGAGCACCCGUUUCUGAGCUCCUCCAGGGGGUCGGGAUGCCAGCAAGGAGUAUCAUGACACCCCUGGGAUCUACAAUGGCUGGUGAGGGAAAAGUCAUUCCCAGGGGAUUCCUGACUUUGACUUGAGUGGCUGUUAUCCCUGAAGGAGCUCACUUUCUAUGGCUGAGUCCUUUAUAUCCUGAAAUACUGGCACUUCCUGUGAGUUCAGACAUGAUGGCCCCUGAUUUUCCCAGAUAGAUAAUUACUUAAGUUCUAUCCUCCCAAAUGAUGGGUGCAUCAUCCAGAUUGGUUACAACUGCUAGCUGAAGGUCACAUGGUCAGCAAAUAGCAACCCAGCACAGGGAGGUGGGAUGGGGUGGACUGAAGGAACAGGAGUGAUUUCAAACCAUGUAAUAAUCCUCUCACUGAGUGUUUCUGCCUUGUUCCUUAACAGGCUACCUUAGCUCCUGUCUUUGGGUGCUAUGUAUAUUCCUUUCCUGAACUUCAGGCAUACUAUAUGCUUUGAAUAUUCAGUGUCCACAGUGCUUCCACUUCAGUUGCCUGCAUCCUCUCCUAUACCUUUAGUGCUGGUACUUCCAAAACACGUCCUUUCACAGAUGCUAGGAUGGCUUCUAUUCUUGGAAACCAUAGAACAUGCCUUAUGCUCUAUUUCUUUCAGGGCACUAGAAAAGAACAUAGAGCCACAGAAUGGAGCAGCUACUUGGUCUCUUUCUCUGGGACAGUAGCAUGAAUACUACUGGGGAAUAACUUCUUCCAAAUUUGGAAGACUGCGCCUCAUUGACUCUGGCAAACUCCAAAAGAUUUCAGUACAAUGCUGGGAUCAUGGAGAGCACUAAGAUAUUCUGAGGCUUUAAAGGUGCAUUGUGGGUAGAGGGGUGGGAUAAUGAUUUAUUUGCUUAACUUUGUCCAGCCCAAAAAGCAUAUUUUGUAAAUAUCUACUAUAGCGUUAACCAUCUAAGCUUCAUGCCACCUCUUCCCCUGAGUUGGUACACAAAGUCACAGGAAGGAAGAAUAUUUCUCCAAGGCUGAUACAGUAGGUGUUUUUACCUACAACUCUUAACUUACUUCCCAACACUGGUGUUCUGCAAUGUCACCUUAUCACUCGUAUGCAUAAGUUGUUCCUUGCGGCAUGUUUCUCAUCCUGUAUAUAGCUGUUUGGGUCCUAUGAAUAUUUAAGAACCUCUGGGUAUUGGUGCUUCAGUGCCACUUCUCUGAGUCCCCUGGUGCCACUCUGUGAAACAAGAUAGACAGAUAAGAGGAUGCCAGGUUGUCCAAUGAACCAGUAUCCAAAUCAUGGAUGAAUUUUGUCACUACCUCCAACAAUGAACAAUAGAUCCUUAAAUACUUCCAACUUCUCACGUAUCACACAUCUGUCUCUGUGUGUAUUGUACGCAUAUGUGUGCUGAGAUCCUCAAACAAAUUGUACACAUAUCUAAAGAGGGGAAAGUCUUGAGCCGAGUGCAUACUAGGACAUUAUUAUUCACUGAAUGCUUGGCCUGAGAAGCUUUGCUAUAACUUACCUUCAUUGCUCAGGGGCAUGGUGGGGCAUCUGCUGAAAGCCCAGGUGCUAAUAAAGACACAUUGCCAAUCAUGCCAUACCAAGCAUCAGAGCCCUGUCUGGUGCUUCUGCAGCAUAGUUCCUGCUGCAUCAAUAACUGUUUUUCCACUGUUCUCAUCCAUUGCUCCCCUUGACUCUCACACUUCCUUGACCCAGUGAACCUGCUUCCCCCCAUCCUGGUAAAGUUUGAGCCAUGCCAACAAUGGCUGCUUGCUGUCAUUGCUCUCAGUCACCCCUCUCUGAGUGUGCUGCUUAUUAUGGAUAUAGAAUGAUGGUGAGGCCAGGCCUGUAGCUUGUCCUAAACGUUGGGGGAGAGGACAAAAAAAAAUUGGGAGAAGCUUAUAUGGGCUUUCAAAACUAAGAUAAAAUAUAGGCUACAGGAUGGGAUGGAAAGAUGCCACAUUAACUUUCAUACUUAUUGUAAGUACUCAUGAGGCACAAGAGUGAAGGAGACCUAAGGGAGUGGGGGUGGCCAUGAGUAACCAUCAGUGGGGCACCAUACAGAGACACUGAUGAUAGAAGUUAUAGGAGAUACGGCAACAGCAUUCCAAGUUGAGACAGGGACUCUUUAGCAGUGCCGUAUUAAGGGUCCACUAACAUCUGGAGUCAGUCUUUUUAUUAGUAUUCUUACCACCUUGAUUUCAGGAUUGGAUUUCCUUGAGUGUGAGAAAAGAAUUGGAGAUUGACCAAACCCUGUUCUGUGGGACUGAGAACUGCAGAGGCUAUGGCAGAUGCAUAGAAAUUAGGUCAGAUGUAUCCAGUUGCCUCCUCAUGCCAUAUGUUGGGUAUCAUUUUUGCCACAUGAAUCUGGUAAUAACUCAACCCACUAUGUCUCUACAUGGCAAUUUCUAACAA